AACCGAUUGCAGGAUUUACUGCUGCAGAGGGAUCAAGAACUCGCCAAUUUGAAGGGUGAACUUUAUGAGUCAAGAACUUUGUUGACUUUCUUCGUCAGAACUCUGAUCUGGCAUCAUCAAUUAGGACAACAUUGAUACAUGUACGAAGCGAACGGCUAGUCGUUGUCGUGGUCCUAGACGAAGUUGUACUAACCUCCACAUCAGCCUUGAGUAUCACCACAUCUUAGAUGUAGAUGAUCUACAUCUACAAAUCAUCAUUGAUUAUGACCACAUCCACAACACCAUCUCAUUCACUUUUUUCUCCCAGUUCCUCGACGUUGUCCUCUGUUCAACGUUCUAAUCGGAAGAAACAUCCCUAGCUGACAUGAGUAGGAAAGACGCAGAAUUAAGGCAGAUGGAGGACGAUAUGGAGGAGGCGGAAAACGAAGUGACUCACCUCAAGGACGAACUGUUGAACAAGAGCAAACUCGAGUUACAACCAAUCAUGGAUGCGCUUGG